CCGAGCGCUGGGGGCCCUGCCGUGAGGAAAGCCGGAGCUCCGGGUGGGAAACAUGUCGGAGUCAGAGCUCGGCAGGAAGUGGGACCGGUGCAUGGCGGAUACGGUCGUCAAAAUAGGUACUGGUUUUGGAUUAGGACUUGUUUUCUCACUUAUCUUCUUUAAAAGAAGAAUGUGGCCACUAGCCUUUGGUUCUGGCAUGGGAUUGGGAAUGGCCUACUCCAACUGUCAGCAUGAUUUCCAAGCUCCAUAUCUUCUACAUGGAAAAUAUGUCAAAGAGCAGAAGCAGUGACUUUGACCUGCGAACAUCCCAGUGGGAGGAGAAGAGAAAUCAUGUCUGUUCCUCAGGAAUACUGAUUGCCCUGGAGUAAGCUGACAUUCUCCUGUAGCAAAGUUAUCAGCAGCGUUUUAAACUCCAGCGCACUGUUUCUGUAUUUGAAACCAAGUCUGUUUCUUGUUUUGUAUUUUCUCUCUGGAAAUUGCAAGAAGGUGGUCUUAAAAGAAAUAAAUUAAACAAAAAUAGGCA